GAAACCAAGAGCAGCCACGUUGGUUAACUAAUUUCAAUUUUCAACAAUGACAUCACUUAUUUAAUUCAUGACGUUUAUGUUAUCUUCAAAUUUUCCUUUAUAAAUCCACAACCUUAUUCCAUUACUUCAAAUACACAUACAAACAUAUAGAAAAAAAACAAAGGGGAGUGUUAUUAGUAACAUGGAGAGUGCUACUAGUGACACUUUCACUGCUCCUACUUCUUCAUCUACUCAAGCUGUUGUUAUGAGUCCUUGUGCUGCUUGCAAGAUUUUGAGGAGAAGAUGUGCUGCUGAUAAAUGUGUUUUGGCACCUUAUUUUCCUCCUACUGACCCUGCCAAGUUUACCAUUGCUCAUAGAGUUUUUGGUGCUAGCAACAUCAUCAAAUUCUUACAGGAACUUCCAGAAGAUCAAAGAGCUGAUGCAGUGACAAGCAUGGUUUAUGAGGCUAGUGCAAGAGUUAGAGACCCAGUUUAUGGUUGUGCAGGAGCAAUUUGCCAACUCCAAAAGCAAGUCAAUGAGCUUCAAGCACAACUAGCCAAAUCACAAGCUGAGGUUGUAAACAUGAAACUCCAACAAACCAAUCUUGUUGCUCUAUUUUUGGAAAUUUCACAAAGUCCUCAAGAAUCACCACAACAAAUAUCAGUUGAUGAUUUCAUUCAAAGUCCUUCCCAUAGCGACGGACAUCAUAUUGGUUUGAACUUUCUUGAUGACAACACUGGCCUAUGCUCAGGGUGGGAUACACUUUGGACAUGAACAAGGACAAUUAUAUUAAAUAUGAUAGCAUUACAAAUAGGAAUUUAAUCAAGUGUUUCCUUCACCGAUUUGGUUUGUGUGCACCGGCAAUCUGGCACAUCGUCUGGUAAAGAUUAAGCGGUUUAAAUUUGAAUGUAGAUGUUUUAACUUCUUUUGGAGUUAAAAUUUGCAUUAAAAUUUAAAUUGUUUGAUCUUGAUCAACGACCAUCGAUGAGACUGACUGCGUGCAGUCACACAAUUGUAAAUGCACACAAUUCAAAUUUGAUGACUAUCUCCGAAGGAGAAAUGGAAGAAAUCAAGCAAUUAUAUAUAACUAAUAAAAGUAAGGUAGUAGAGCUAGGAUUAAUUUCUUGUAGGUUAUUUUUCUUUCUUGAGGAAAAAUGGAUGUACUACUAAAAAAGUUGGACUGCCCACAUCAAUUAGAAAUGAAAAAAAAUGAAAUUAAUCUUUAAA